AUGAAUACGACUUUGAAAAAUUCCGAAAAGAAAAGUUUGUGGAAAGGUCCUCUUUUGGCAUUUUUAUCUGGAACUUUUUUCACGUUGAGUUCGGCCGCAGUAAAAGCCUUAACAACCAUUAAUCCGAUGGAAUUAUUAGUUAUUCGAUCUAUCGUUCAAAUAAUAUUUAUGUUAAUAAUUGCUAUUUAUGUAAAAAAAAAUUUAUUUGGACCCAAAGGUUACCGACUUAUGUUAAACAUUCAGGGUUUGGUUGGAGGUUUAACAUUAAUUUUAUUAUUUUUUACAUUUCGAAGACUUCCAUUAGGAGAUGCAACAACAAUCAUAUUCAGCUCUCCCGUUUUUGUUAUGGUAUUAUCAUUUAUAAUUCUUCGGGAGCCUUGUGGAUUUUUUCGUGCUCUUAUUGUUGCCUUAUUACUAUUGGGAGUUAUUUUAAUAGCAAAACCUCCUUUUAUAUUUCAGUUUUUUUAUCACGUGGAGCAAUCAUAUGACGUAUUGGGUUAUUCUUCGGCUGUAUUGGCAACAAUUUUUAUGGCAUUAAAUAUAGUUGUAAUAAGAAAAUGUAAAGAUGUUCAUUUUUCUAUCGUCGUAUUGCAAUUAUCCACGUGGUCGUUAAUUUUUUCCGGAAUUCUUUUAUAUAUUCUCGUAGAAUUUAACGGAGACAAAAUUGUUAUUCCACAAGGAACCAAUGAAUGGCUAUUAACAUCACUUGUGAGCGUUUUGGGACUAGCAGGCCAAGUGUUAGUAGCCAGGGCUUUGGGUAUAGAAGACGCUGGAAAAGUUGCCGUAAUACGAUCACUCGAUAUUAUAUUAGCAUUUUUCCUUCAAGUUACGGUUUUUGGUGAAAUUCCUGACUGGAUGAGUGGUUUAGGAGCCGCUGCCAUUUUGUUGUGUGUAACUGGAAUGACAUUUGAAAAUCAAAUACAAAAUUUUAUGGAUAAAAUUCCAUAA